CCGCCGGACAAACCCAAAUUUUCACACUCCAAUUUCUCUCUCUACAACCCACAACAGCCAUGGCUCUUCUCUCACCAAAUUCAUCGAUCCAGAGCUGCCAUGGAGACUAGCAAAAGCAACCCACAUUCCCAAUGGGAAAGGUCGAAGACCAGUCUGUCUCUUCCACUGUUGAUUCCCAAACCACAGACCAAAAUGCCGAUAAUCGGUGUAGGGUUCCUGGGUUCGUUCGGUUUAGAUGUAUCUUGGCUCUGGUACUUGGCGUGGCUGUGUUGCUCUCUGCCCUUUUUUGGCUACCCCCUUUUUUUCAGUACGGAGAUCACAGGGAUCUAGAUCUGGAUUCUCAGGUUGGAGGUCGUGAUAUGGUGGCAAGUUUCAAGCUUAAUAGGCCAGUUUCAUUGCUAAAAGACAAUAUCUUGCUUCUUGCGGGUGACAUUCUUGAUGAAAUAGUAGCUCCCACCAUUAAAGUGGAGAUUACAGAUCUGAAACCUUUGGAUGGAUCGAACAAAACAAAGGUUGUCUUUGCUGUUGUCCCUGCUGAGAAAAAUUCAAGAGUCUCUUCAACUGUUCAAAGUUUGGUCAGGGCCACUUUUGAAUCUCUGGUUACAAAUCAAUAUCCUCUCCGCUUGACCACACCAUUAUUUGGGGACCCGUGGCCGUCCUCUUUUGAGGUGUUGAAGUUCCCAGGAGGCAUUACUAUCGUUCCUCAACAGAGUGCAUUUCUUCUGCAAAAUGUGCAGAUCGUUUUCAAUUUCACUCUGAACUUCUCUAUAAGUGUAAUACAAGAUUAUUUCGAUGAACUGACAAGUCAGCUCAAGUCGGGGUUACAUCUUGCUCCAUAUGAGAACUUGUAUAUUAGCUUGAUAAAUUCAAAAGGUUCAACAGUGGAUCCGCCUACUACAGUUCGGACAUUAGUUCUACUGGUAGUUGGGAAUCCCUCACUGGCAAGGUUAAGGCAGUUGGCUCGUACCAUUGCAGAUUCUCAUGCAAAAAACCUUGGUCUGAAUAACACUGUAUUUGGUAGGGUGAAGCAAGUUCAUCUUUCAUCUGUACUGCCACAUCCCCUUGGUGAUUCUAGUCCUACUCCUGCUCCUUCGCCUCACCCCCACCACCACCAUCAUCACCACCAUCAUCACCAUCAUCACCACGAUGCUCCUCUCGGUCCCACUGUUGCACCUGCACCUGCAACUAAAAUACAUGCGCCUGCUACUGAGAAACAUUCACCUGCUCGUGCUCCAUCUGCCUCUGCACCUGCACCUGCAGUUUUGUCUGAGAGGAGUCCUAAGGCAAAGCCUCCGGGUUGCCAGUUUGGGCAUGGAAGGAGGUUUCCUAGGAAGGUGAAGAAGCAGCAUCAUGUGGUUUCUCCUGUUGAACCACCAAUUCUUCCAACAUAUAUCUCACCCUCACCGAGGCAGCAAGUAAACCCACCAGCACCUAGUUCUUAUCAUAUUCCUGCAUUAAGUCCAAUGCCAAAAGCAGUAUUUGCUGAUGUUCAGCCUCCAACAAAGAGUGAAUUUGAUGCUGAACCUCCUGAUAGAACUCCAUCAGUUUCACCCUUGCCAUCUUCAUGUGAGUGUAUAUCUAAUCAUCAUGCUUUUGUUGAUUAAAUGAAAGCUGAUAUAGAUAUGAAGUUCUUUUUUUACAGCAUCUGCAGGUCUUCUUCCCACUGCUUUAUGGGCAAUUCUGCAAUUUCUAGUUCUCAUGUUACAUCUAUAACGCAGAUAAAGAGAAGCAUUCUGUUUUUUCUGUUAAAGUUGCUUCUCUGGUACUACAAAGGGCUUGUUUGUAUCAUUCCAUUCAAAUGAACAGAGAAACUGGAGGAGCUUUGUGAGUGGGAGCUACGCAAAAGCGGCGUGCCUCACAACUAAGUAGAUAUCUGUUGUUUUUGUGCUUGUAAAUUUUUUAUUUAAAGAACACAAAAAAAAAAAAAAAGAAAAA